CUCCAGGAGGUAGUGGAGGCAGGCAGCCCCCACUGCAGGUAGGCUCUGAGCAGAAGGGUCUGCAUCCCGCUUUCAUGGACCUGCAGUGACGCUGGCUCCAGGGCCCCACUAGCCCGUCUGCCCUUUCUAGCAUAGAUCAUAGGGAUGAGGAACUGAUCAAGUGGCAGGAAAGUCCCAAGAAGUGCAUCUUUCCCGUAGGUGUCCAGAGGCUACACCCACAGAAGCGAACUGAUCUUUCCUCCAAUGCUUGUGUGUGGUCUGAGCUUUCAGAGGGAGCAAGAUAGUCACUUCUCCAUCCAAACCCUUCUGUGCCUCCUUAGCACCUACCCCUUCAAGUCCAAACUCCUCAGCCUGGUUUGAAAGGCACACCAAAUGGGAUCCCCAAAGACCCUUGCAACUCCAUCUUCCUCUCCCACUCCAUUCACCCUGCUAGUCAGCCCAGGUUCUGAUCUCAGAAGCCAGCACUUGAUGUUUCCACCUCCUGGGUUUUGACAAUGAUUUUUUCUGCUAGGACCCUUCUCCCUCCUCCUUAGCUGUGAAAGCUGCACCCCUCCUCACAACCCAUCUAAAAAUGCCAGGAAGCUGACCGCCCUUGGAGAUGAGGUGGAAAGGUGGAGCCUCCUCUUCCUUCCUGCUGUUUCUCUUAAAGUACCUGUCGUAGCCUCUCAGGGACACUCCGUGCAGCCUUCGCUGGACUCCUGAGCAGGACUCAGCACUGCCAAGGCCACAGCGAGCCACGGCCUCCCACUCCUUAGAGAGCGUGAGAUGCAUGGGAGGCCCUGGCCCUGGCAGGCGGGACAGCCACCUUCACCCCUUCCUCUGGACAGGGUGGGGAUCCCAGCAGGAGACAGAGAGGCCUCUGGCCUGGAGGCUGCAUGAGGGGCCAGGAGGGGAGCCAACACCGUGCCAGCUGCACCCACAGGGAAUUGCAAUUUCCUCCAUGUUUAUAGGGCAGGGGGCAGUAAAGCAGGAUCUCUCCACUCCUGGGAAUGGAAGGAAGCCCAGUCCAGCAUUUGGGCCCAGUAUCCAACAUAGAGUCCAGGCUCUAUGCUCAUCAUCACUGGCCUGGCCUACUUCCUGCUGAGCAAGCGGAAAAAGAGCAAAGCUGCCACAGAGGUGCUGCCCCCCCCAGAGCAGUACACGGACCCCUCUGGCAGCGCCGUGAGUACCACCGGCUCUGGGGACACCGAGCAAACGUACACCUUCCAUGGGGCCCUCAAGGAGGGGCCUGGCUCCCUCUUCAUCCACAUGAAGAGCGUCCUGAAAGGGACCAGGAAGCCCAACGCCCUCCAGCACCCAGACGCCCUGACGGAGCUGACUCUGGAGCCAGCUGACCCACUGGCCAAGAAGAAGCAGGUGCACUUUGAGGACAGUAUGGUCAGAAUGAUCCCGGACCUGGCCGAAGACCUGGACGAUGGGGACGGCGAGCCAGAGGAGACCACCUCUGACACCACCCCCAUCAUCCCUCCCCCCGAGGCCCCACUCUUCCUAUCUUCCCUCACGGGCACCAGCCUCUUCUGAGCUGCUUGUUCCAGGCUGGGGGAUGCUCAGCAAGGGGUCUGUAUAGAUAGACAGCCCUGCCUGGAAUUUCCUGAUGUCCAGGGGCCCUCCGGGGAGCUCGGGGUCUUCACAGGUCAGUUCUUCAACGGGUGACCAGACAUCCCCAUGGUAUCUGGGCCUCUGGGACCAUCGAGCGACAUGACAGGUCCUGCGGAGACCUUGAGGGUGGCUCAAACGAAGCUCGCACUGCCUCGAACCCUCACAAGUUUCUCUCUCCCAGACAUGGAGCGGAGAAACCCUUGUGCUUUCCCGGAAGGAGACCAUCAUUCCCACAUCACACAAGGCUGCGUCAGUCCAGAAGCCCUGGGGCUUCUCUUGCUCCUGACACAGGACCCAGCACUCAGCAAGGACUCACGGCCCAUCUCAUCUCUGAUGUAACAUUUCAGCUCUGAAAGGCCAGGGAUGCGUUGGCAGCUUACACAUCUCAGAGGCAGGUGUAGACUACAGCUAUGGGUCCUGAACUCCAACCGAGAUGGUUCAGGACAGGGAGCAGGGAGAAAAGGCAAGGCUGCGAGCCCUCAGGAUGGGAGCAGCGCUGAGCUGUGGGCCGAAUUCUCUGCGCGCUCUGGGGCCGGCGCUGGGCAGCAGGAGUCACAGAGUGACUUGAGACAAUGCGGCUCUGUGCUCACUGCAGGGAGAGCCAGGCCAGAUGAGCGAUAUUCAUUCCAGAAGCAUCGCUGAGGGCUCCCUACAUCCUCACUACAUGGGCUCUCAAGAUUCCAAGUAGAUGAUGUAAACUGAAAGAGACUGAAAUCUGACAGUCCUCAGCCAUGAAUGCCAACACACAGGACAAGACGCCUGCUGUAUGCAGGGACCCCAGAGGCGGUGCCCUGGAGACUCACACAAUACGACACAUUGCUCUGCCCUGCUUGGUGACUGUUGGGAGAAUAGGUGAGAAAUGUAUAUUUGUUGAAAAUGGGAGAGAAGGAAGGAAGAGCGGGAAAAGAAGGAAGACAGGAAAGUGGGCAGGCAGCAGGCUAGGUCUCUGCCACAGGGCCACGGAAGUGACAGUUAACCCAGAAUGAACAAAGAAAGAUGAAUCAGAUACUCGUUAAGGAUUUGCAAUAUGUAUUUCUAUAAAGUGUUCUGUGGUCCAUGGGAUUGUUACAAGGCAGAGCAGACACAUUAUUCUUCAUAGGCAAUCUUAAUUAAUGAGAAAUUAUAAUGCUUCUUCAUUCGUGCAUGUGAGCAAACACCAGGGUUCUGUAGAGCAAAACUUAGAGCACACGCUUUAAGGUCUAGAUUAGAAACGUGUGCUCAUUCUUGUACACUUUUCAACAUUCCCUACAAGUUAUUUUGCAAAUGUAUGGAAAUAGCCAACCAGAAGCUAGUAUCAGUUUGGUGCCUAAAUGCAGCAGGUAUCCCAAACAAGCAGACCUCUCCCUGCAAUAACCCAGUUCUUCUGUAAAACCAAGUGAGAAAAGACAUUCUCACAAGCCUUCAGAGGUGGAAGCAAUAGUGUUGUUUCUUUAGCUGCCGCCGAGGAAGAAGUUCAGGAUCUGAGAGUCACAGCUGGGGGAGAAUGAGUAAUAUGGAACAUGGGUCUGGGUAGGCGGGGAUGGCCCCUGAUUCCGAAUGGGCCAGGUGUCCCAGGCUGGUCUGCUGUGCACGGAAGGGGUCCCAAGUGGGGAGGAGCCAGGAUCCCCACCUGUCAUGUGGAGAGGAGGAUACGAUGAGCACAGACACCCUCGUGGCACAGGCCUCUGGGGAACCCGACGGUCCUGCCCCAUUCUCAGCCCAAGUCAGCAGAGCUGGAUGGGUGAGUAGGCUGCAAGAAGCAAACUGGGAAGCAUAAUGUCCGAGCUUUCAGACCCCAUUUAAUAAACAUCUCUGUUAUA